AUGCAGAAGGUGCUGCUUGGCAACACCACUGGAAAAUACACGGUCAGAUCUGCUUAUGAAGCCUUCACAGCGGAGGAUAGUAUGCCUAAUGCACCUGUGAGCAAUCUGGGAGAAACAAGCUGGAUUGGGGGCUGCAACAAAGUCUGGAAACAGCUAUGGAAAUUGAGAAUAAGACACAAACACAAGUUGUUUCUAUGGAAGUGUUUACACCAGGUGUUACCCGUCAGAGAGGCUAUAUUUAGGAGAACGGGAAAGGGUGAGCUAAUCUGUAAGCAGUGUGGAGAAACAACUGAGACGGUUGAGCACAUUUUCUUCCAAUGUACCAAAGCAAAGCUGAUAUGGAAGAUGGCUCCGUUACAGUGGGAUGGGCUUCAUGAGGACACAACUGAUUUCAGGAAGUGGUGGAGCAGGCUAAUGGGAGUAAAGGAACGAAAGGAUGGAAUGCAACACAUUUGCCUAACUGUGGAUAUUCUUUGGCACAUUUGGAAAUCCAGAAAUGCAGUAGAAUUUGAAGGCAAAUAUAGGCAUCCAAUGGAGGUAGUCAGAAAGGCAGUGAAUGACUUUGAGGAGUACUAUAACUGCCAACAGGCACGGCAAUGUAUGAGCAUUUCUGAAACAGACAUAGCAAAUGAUCAAGAGCAAACGAGGGAACCAGAGCAGGACAUCCUGAGAGUUCAUAUACAUGUGGGGCAACACAUUGAAGGACUAAAUAUGGGAAUUGGCAUCACAGUAACAAAUGCACUGAAUCAGCUUGGGGCAGGGUGGAUGCUCACAGAAAGAAGUACUGGAUCGUCUGUGCUGGACACAUUGGUGGCGAUACAACUGGCUCUUUGUAAGCUAAAGGAACGGGACUUGCAAAACAUACAGGUUCAUAUUUCAUGCAACCGCACUUUAAAGAUGAUACGCUGCCAAUGUCCAAGCAACUUCCUUAUAGCAGGCCAUCUCGAAUGCAUCACUGAUCUCAGCUUAAUGUUUAGGACAUGCUCAUUUCUUUGCCAACCCAGUAAUAUUAGUAUUAAUACACUCAGUUAUGAACUGAGUAAGCAAGCAAUGCACAUCUAUUCUGAUGAGGAGUUCGUUGAUCCUCGGUGUCUCAGUACACCUUUGUAA